CGCACGCCAUCACAAAAAAACAGGAGGGCGAGCAGGCGGAGGCGGGAGACGCAUCAACAGCGGCGGCCGGCGUCUCGCUCGACUCGAUGGUGGUUUACGUGGUGCACACGAGAAGGGGGAGAAGGAGAGCCGGCGAGAACCUCGUCCACCUCGCCACCAGCAGCGCCCCCGCGCCGGCCUUCCCCUACUCCGCCGUCGCCUGCCGCUCCCUCUCGCGCGGCGGGGGCCUCCCGCUGCGCGCCACGUCGCCGCCUCCUCCCCCGUACUCGAUCCGCGGCUCCGCAUGGGAGUCCCGCUCGCUGCGCCGCGACGGCGAGGAGGACUGGGAGGAGGUCGUCGCCGCCGGGGCGAGGCCUGCAGCCCCCGGCUCCCGCGGCGAGCCGACGGAGGAGCAGGGUAUUUUCCUCGGGGCCCCGCCCACCAAAGAAGAGGUCCACGCCGCCGUGGCCAGCAUCAAGCAGGUGCUUGAGAAACUUUAUGCUGUGGACUAUGAUGGGCCUGAGCUAGCGCUUGCAUUGCCCAUCUCAAGGCACCCUUCAUCUGGGAUAUUUGAGAAUCACUUUGCUGUAGAUUCUGAUGCAUCAGAGGUCGGAUCAGAUGAAUGGAGUGAAUCUGCUAUGCUCGUUCAUAACUCAACUGCUCUUUUGACAAAGGACCAUCGGUGUGUAGUGGAGGCACUCCGCCUAUUAAAUAAAGAUCCUUCCGUUCAGAAAAUGGUUGUGGCCUUGGCAACUGACGAGGCUGUGUGGCAAGCUGUGACAAACAAUGAGGUGGUACAAGAAUUCAAGAGAUCCUUCCAGACUGCCAAGGAGACUCAUCUCAAGGAAAGCUCGACUGCUCGAUUCAUGAUGUGGGUCCUGGAAAACACCCAAGCAAAAAUCAAUGAAAUUUUUGAGAAAAUAAUUGGGCUCGUUAACAUGCUGUUUCCAGUUGGGGACAAGGAUUACGAUACGUCUGAUGAUUUAGUGAGGAUGUCCUUCAUGCUCUCUGUGUUUGUCUUCAUCGUGGUAACUAUAGCUCGCAUACACUGAUUAGCACAGCAAUUCGCCGAUUUCGCGUUCUGGUGGUUUCUUAAUUUUGUAUAGGAUUAGUUCUAGAAUUAGUCCGAGUUGCAUGGUGGCAAUGGCUGUGGUUGGUGUCAGUGAGUCUAGAGGUUGAACUAUAAGUGUUAUUAGUGGAAACUCUAAUGGUUAUCGUGUGGGGGUUAUUUAUGUCUUAAACAUCAAGUGUGCUUCCUGAACAUGUGUUGCUGAACAUCAAGCGAAGCGAUAUCUUUGCUAAAGAAGUGUAAAUAUUUACAUAUUUAUAUUCUUGUUCCUGAACAUCAA